AUGGUGACAAACAAAGCAAUCACCAUCUCAAAGGAAAUUGAUGUCGCUCGUUGCAAGGGUCAUUGGCAAGCGAUACCUGAACUUGCAAGAAGAUACAGAAAGCACAAUCCUAAUGGGCUUGCACUAGAACAGUCCAUCUUGGCAGAGGCAAACCUAGUCCAUGUACUAGAAAGCAACCGCAAAGAUUCAAAAAAGCUGUUUGCAAAGGACUCGCCCAACAACAUCACCUUGUCCACACGUGUGUCACAGAGCUUGAUAAAACCAAUUCAACAGCAACUAUCAACAGCACUGGGCGAUAAGGAUCCCAGCGCAGAGACACAAUUAGUCAAAGAGAUGACAAGGAUGAUUUUGGCAAGAAGUUGGUUUGAAUGCGGUGAAUAUCAAAAGGCUUUGGAAGCCAUCAGCGAGACGGGAUACGCAAAGCUGAAGACAACAUCUGGAUACAGCUACACAUUGUACAUGCAAACACUGGCUAUCAGAGCCAUGUCACUGGAUUUGCUACAACAGAACGCCAUGAUGGCCUAUGAUGAAUUAUCCUCUGCUGUGAAUCAAGCGCCGAGCUUAAUUGAUCAUGUUGUCGUAGAUUGGGCUGAAGAAGGUCUCUAUAGAGGCACGCUUCUGGCUUUGAGCGAUAGCUGUCAAUCAAGUGAUAGGAUACCUCAGACAAUGAACCUCAUUAGAGCUUAUCAGAAAGCCUGCGCAUCUCAAUUGAAUACAUGGAGGGUCUACAAACGUGUUGUUGUCACAAGAUAUUCUUUGAGCUACUUUUCCAGUCUGUAUAGAGCACAUCAGUAUGCCCCACCUGUGGAUUUUAGCGAAACAGAGGAAGGAAAACAGUGUAGCGAAGAUCAAUUUAUGGAAGCAAAACGAGAAUACGAUCAUCAAUUAUUCAGUAUUGAGAUUAUGCAACUACACACAAUCUAUGAAAAACUGGUGUAUUCAUUAGCGCACUUUCCUCGAUCUGGACAACCCAACGCACUUGUAUUGGACUUUGUAAACAGACUAGCAGAGGAUUUUGAACUGGUGGGAGGCACAGAGACAGAAAAGAGAGGCUAUGUGGAGGCAUUGAACCGUGCUUCUCUCAAAACAUUCAACUCGCCUUGCAUCACUCGACACUUGUUUCAUGCACUGGUUCAAUUGGGCGAUUACGAGGAAGCCGAGCACGCACUUGGCGCCUAUUUGUAUCUUGUGGAUUUGGAAUCAAAAGCCAUGGUUGAAUCUCGAUCCAUGACAGCAGCAUUGGCAUCAGAUUCUUUUGGAUACAGCACACCCGUGCCGAGUGCAGAUCAAGUGGAAGAGUUGGCCAUUGCUGAAAAGACCAAGAAAUCAGAUGGACCACAGCGCAGCGAGGAGGUUGAGACACUUGACAACAAGAUCAAAUUGCUCAUGGCUGCUGUCAAAAUGUACUGCCAAGAACUAUGCAAGGGAUCGGAUGCAGUCAAUAUGGCUGAGAUGGCUGAGCGAAUUUACGCUAAAGAAAUGGCAAAUAGUGAUCAGCAUGACGACCAUUUCAUUGAGAUGGGUGCUGUCGUCUAUAGAACAUUAGGUGUAGCCUUUGGAUUCUUGGCGAGUCAAACCUUUGAUCAAGAUCGUCGACCAAAAUAUCACGAAAAUGCCUUGGUUUCAUUACGAAAAUCAAUGGCUAUCAACAAUCAAAGCUGGGAGACAUACUACCAACUUGCUUUACAGCUAGCAGACAUGCGAGAUAUUGUGCAGGCCUUACAAAUGAUCACGCAAUCUUUGCAACUCAAUUCACAACACCUUCCCUCAUGGCAUUUAUUGGCUCUCUUGUGUACAUGUCCCAUCAAAGACAGUCAAGCACAAGCGCUCAAGACAUGCGAGAUUGCGCUCAUGGAAGCCAGCAAAAUUACCAGCAAAGACAGCUGGGUGGACUACAGCGAUGACAUAUUACAACAUGUCUUGUUGCAAAUGACACAAACCUUACUCAUUGAACGUGUGCAAGGCGCAGAAGCUGCCAUGGCGUCUCAAGAGGCUUUAUUCCAGGUAUUUGGCAAGAUUGUGGUUCCUGAAUUGAUCCCCGAUGCUACCAGCUCCAACAUGUUGCAUGAAGCCAUCUCAAACGGAAAUGCAAGAUAUGGCAUGGUGUUAUCCGGCUCCCUUGGCAACAUGAGCAUGCAAGAAAGCGUUAAUGGCUCAGCCAACGCCGCAUCAGUCACUCGCAACCGCAGUGCCAGUAAUGCUUCCAUGCCAUCAAGAAGUUUAGGUGGUCGUAGCGCCUCAGUAUCAUCAUUUACAGGGAGGAAAUUUCAUUUGGCUGACAUGUUUAGUCAUGGUCAUUUGGAGAAAUCAGAUGUGAGCAGUGUUCGUUCAGUGCCUGCUCCUGUAACAACAACAAAAGGCGCAGGAGAGCAAUCAUUGCAUAGACAUGCAAGUAAGUUGAGUCUAUUGGAUCCCAAAAGUUUGAUCCGCAAACAAAAAAAAGAAGAGAUGACAGGCAAUACAACACGCGGAUCACCCACUGCACUUGACGGAGGAUCAGCAUCUUCCAUUCAUAGUAUCGCCUCUUCCAUCAUCAGCACACACACACUCCUUCAAACCACCACCGCACUCUCCAGACCAACCACACACGCCAGACUACAGCAUCAACGUUCAUGCAAGAUGCUGUGUGAUUUAUGGCUACUCUCGGCAGAAGGUUUCUUAAGAACCGGAAAACUAGAGGAAGCUUUAAAAGCAGUUUCCGAAGCAGAGAAUGUCGAUUGGACAACCCAUGCUGGUGUCUGGUGUCUUUUAGGACGUAUUCGAUUGGCACAAAACAAGCCUGACAGGGCCAUUUCAGCAUUCCAAAAGGGACUAGUGACAAAACCAAACGAUGUGGAUUGUAGAAUUUGGUUAGCAAGAACCUAUAUAGAACAAGGACAUUUAGAAGUAGCGGAAGGGCUCUUGCUGGCCAUCACACAGGAGAACGGGUGGGACCAUGCGUCUGCAUGGUAUUAUCUAGGUGAAAUUUACAAGAAAACAGACCGUUUAGAUAGAACAAAAGAUUGCUUAUUUUAUGCAUUAGAAUUAGAAAGCACAACACCUAUUCAACCGUUUACCAUUUUACCGCGAUUUGUAUGA